CUCAAACUCAAGUGGUGUAGUGUCUCAGAUGAACGUGAAAAAGUAGCAAAGGCCUAUUUCAAUUCAUCCAGAAGACGUUCAAGUACACCUACUCAAAUUGAUUCAUUGACGAAACUGAUACAUAGUAUUUUUACCUAGUUUUUAGACUUCCCUGACAUUGAUUUUUUUUUGAGUUUCCCGGUAGGACGUGCUGGCCGAAUGGGGGAGGCCAAGGAGCAUGUUCUAGAAGAGGCUGGCAGAAGGCCGAAGAGAUUUUCCAAGUUGAAAAACACCCACAACUACGAUAGGAGAUAGUAUUAAGGCUCAACUUUCAAUGGUCAUCGGGGUUGGUCACUGAGAUCGAAGAGGCGACGCCUUGAAAGAACAGCGGAAGACGAAGGGAACGGGGAGAGCUUAGAAGGGGAUCUCCUCCUUUCAGAGUCAGUGACCAAUGAUGAACGCUUAUGCUGAGCUUUAAUAGUAAGAAGGAAGAAGUCCUCGCGCGACUUGGAGACAGCCGCUACCUCUUUUUUGUUCCUUAUCGGGGAGCUUGAGCACCAAUAGGGGUGUUUCCACAUAUCAGCCGAAGAAACGACCAUUCAGUGGAGGCUUCCCCUCAUCGAGAGUCACAAUGACGGCCUCUUCACCUCCUCCUGCGACGUCAGCAGUGAAAACAAGUAGACGCUCAGCAUUUCCGAGGUCUGCUAGAGGACCUUCAAGAUGUUGCCUUGCAUUCUGGGCAGCAGCUGCGACUGGGGUGGAAGCGAGACUGGCUGGAGGUAGUGCGUCGAAAAUACCGACGAGGACACCCCUUCAGCACAGUAAAAGUAGUACCUCUCCUACUAGAAGUAGAACAAGUAUUGCUAAAGCGAAACUAGCUUCUGGUCUAGUGUCAACCGCUACCACUGACCAGGAAGAAGAGAAUGACAGCAAUCAUGACCACACGGACAAGGAAGAAGCACAUGUCGAGGAGAGGAAAAAGAAGGAGGAUCAUGAUGGCAUCCUUUUUCAUCGUUCCCUGUGGAAAAUCAAUGACAUUAACAACCAGGCAAAAUCUGCAAAUCAGAAAGCAACAACGGAAGAACAAUUUUUGCAACAAGGAGAAAAUCAACACCACAAACAAGGUGAACACCAGAAAGUGCUAGUAAAGUCAAAAUCUACUGCAAGUUCCAAAAUCGACAUCGAGACAGCUGGUUUGUUGCAACCUACAGUCGGAGAACAGGUCUUACUACGGAAAGCGCAGAUGGUGCUCAAAGAGCAAGAAUAUCUCAAGUCGAGACAACAGGAGCUGGGAACGAUGACUAUGGCGAGCAUGCUGGAAAUGGGUACUUAGUUGUUGUUGUUUUUUUACUUUGUUUAGGUACUACUACUACUACUAAUACUAGUAACUAGAAUCCUCACACAACUUAGCCAAGCGCGAACCGAUUUUGCUCGCGGAGAAAGUGUACAGGGAUAUGCUCACACCGCAUCCGGAGUUUACACUCUUCAAAAAUUCCGAUUUGCUGCAUUGGAUCGUGUUUACGGUACUUCUGCGUACAUUUUUACGGUACUGCUUAUCGUUUUUUUCUUUUUCAUUACAUUACAGUAGAUGCAGAGAGAUGGGUAUUGUAACUCUCCAGUGUAUCCUCGAGAUAUGUCACCUUCAUCUCACAUCAUCUUCCCACCCACAUAAAUCAACAGGCCCUCUUUUUCGCCAUCGUGCUCUUCGACAACCUAGUAUUGUUUAAGACAAAUACGGUCUUGAGCUUGGGCCAGGCGGGUCUAUACGUGGUAGGCUAUCUCGGUAUCGCUAUGGGUUUUCUGGUCUACAUCUACGUCUUCAAAGGCAGAGAUGCUGCGGCUACUUGGUUUUCCGGUUACCUACUGGAGUGGAUGCUCUCGGUGGACAACUUUUAGGAAUAUAGUUUUGAAGGCGCCGCUAGAACCAACUCGUUUGAGCCAUGUAUUUCACCAAAUUCAUCAUAACUAGAUCAACACUCUUUCCUUCCACAUCCACGACUGACUGUUUUCCACUGCUCUCGUCCUUUUUAUGAUUUUGAUAACACCUGCACCUGCUGCUCUAAACUGAAUUUGUCUUCCGUAUGGUCUUCGACAUAUACGCUUGUCCGGACAAGUUGAAGCAUAAGCCCCUGUUUUACUUAAGACCGACUCUAAAUCUCACCAAACUCCAAAUGUCCAUCUAUCUUCUGGAACAAGUAGGUCCUUGGUACGAUAUUGACGAAAGGUGAUCUCCAUCUUCUACUUGCUGCACUUUCUAUCUCCUUUGGAAUUAGACAUCCAUGAUCCACUGCGUGCACUUUCUAACCUCCGGCGUGAUGGGUGCGAUAUUCUUCCGUAUGGUUUUCUUUGUCGUCGGCGAAGCUUUAGUGCACACCUUGCAUUUUAUGCACUUGGUUUUCGGGUCGUUUUUGAUUUAUACGGGUUUUAGGGUUGCAGCAGAAGACGAUGACGACGACGACCCAACAGAACAUCCGUUAGUGGUACUUCUCUUUUUGUCUCAGGGAGACGACCCGACCCAACAGAACAUGAUUCGUUAGGGAUAUUGUUUCUCUACUCAUCUCUCUUUUUGUCUCAUCAUUCCCUCUACUUUUUAUUCCUUAGAUGUAGAUAAUCUCGUCUCCUCUCAGUGUAUGCCUCGACGUUUUGCUCUUAGCAUGAUCAGCUUGUCCUACAUGAUCUAACUCUCGUACAUCUUCUUUUCUCGAAAAGAGAGACCUGUAAAAAAUUUUUCACCGACCACCCCACCGCACCAGGUCUACAUCUCUCGCGUGCUCCCGUUAGUCAAUGGGUAUGACGAAGGAGGGCGAUUCUUUGUGCGCGUAGAGAAGAUGCCGAACGGUAGUUUUGUCUUACCAGAGGAAAGCGAAACAGUAGAACUCCCCUUGAGUCGUGGCUCAAGUAGCUCCUCAACCGCUCGUACCACCGCAACGAGCCCUCCGAGCUCGCCUAAAGUCCAGAAUUUGAAGGUAAGAACUGAAUACCAAUUACAAGAGGGUCUGCCAUAUGAGUUGGAUUGUAUUUUUAAGUGUCGGUUCUUAUGUAUAAUUAACAGAAGAUAAAGGUCGAAUUACAUUCGUUGUCCUGAGUUGAGUAGUGAUACUUCUGCUCGUGUGUUAAUGAUCGGUCCUUCCCCGCCCAUAAAAUAUUUCUGACAAGGAUCGGUUGUUUCUCUGAUUUUGUGGGUUUUGACCAAUUGCCGAAAGUCCAGAAUUUGAAGGUAAUUGAAUCAUACCUUACUAAGGUGGAGCGUGAGCGUAACAAUUUAGGUAUGUGAUUCUUCCUGGCUGUUGAAGUGGAAACUCCAACGACCCUUGUUACUUAUAAGAAAUAAUUUUGAAUGACCUCCUUGUCAACCUCCAUAAUUCUCAAGGUCUACGCAUCCAACUGGGGCAAAUCGCCACGUAGUUUGCCUGAAGGACACGUCACCGAGUGGCGGUGUACUUUCCUAUUCGUGGUAGUAGUAUGCCUAGAAAUAACGGACUUGAUGUUCGCGGUUGACAGCGUUAGUGCUAUCGUCGCACAAGUCCCGGACCUAUACUUGGCGUACACAGCCUGUAUUUUCGCGAUGCUCGGGUUGAGGGCUACAUUUCUCAUUAUGGGUGAGUUAGAGAUGGUCAUAGUGAUUGUGAAAGGAUUGCUUAUUCUUAACGAUGUGAUGACGCGAAAGAGGUGUCUCAGCGGCGCAGGACUCCGACGAAUCUGAUGAGCACCCUUAUCUAUACAGAUACGUGUCUAUGUAACUACUCCGACCCCUAUUUCCACCUCCUUCUCCUCCCGCCGCUGCUCCGACCCCUUUGCUGCCUCUCCCGACAUCCUCCUCUCUAAGCACCUUAUCGAUGAGCUGAUGCGACUGUUCGAGUACCUGAAGUACGGUGUGGCUUUCAUGCUGGUAUUCAUCGGCUUUAAGCUUAUUCUCAGUAAGGUCUUCGUGAUUCCUCCGGUCAUGGUAUGUGCCAUCUUCACCUUAACGGUAAGUGGAUGCGUCAGCCUCUCUCUGUGGGCUAAUCGGCAGCGUAAAUCGCGCGCACCAACAUUAUGAAUAGCAGGAUGACAAGGACCACGACAGCGCCGGCGCUGACAGGACCACGACAGCGCCGGCGCUUAGUUAGCAGUAGAUAAGUACUUAGCUGACCUUUCUUCUUUAUUCGGUUUUUGUUUUAUCUAGUUAGGUUUGCUUCACCAACAAUAAGAGGAUGACAAGGACAUCGAGCAAGUAGAUUAUGUAGGUCUCGGUACUACAUAAAAACCCGAAGGGUUCUCGUGCAGGCGUUGUAUACAUCACAGCUAUUAUAGCUGUCGAAGAUCAUGCGACCCAAGAAAAUCAAAUUAAUACUGUACCUACUUCUGCUAAAAAAUAGAAGGAAAACCCCUAGUACUCACCCUCAAAAACGUAGGCUUUUCAAAAACAGACUUUAUUUUCACUUCUUUACCAUUCGAUUUGUUCGAGGAGUCAUCAAUAAGAAUAAUGCACUCUACUCUCCAUAUUCUGGACGACGAUCACCCGCUCUAACACAUCCUGCCCUUUCGGCAACAGGUGGGCAAACGCCACCACUCACUGACAGGGUUGCAGACAUUAGCACCACGACCCCGAGCGUCGCCGUGACAGCGAGGUGAAUUCUCUCGUACUAAGAAGAUACAUUCACGCUAUUGCUUGCUCCACAUUUAGUUAGGAGUUGUAGUGUGUGUGUGGUGAAUCUAGAUUUCGAUCCUGAUCGUAAUUUUUCUUUUUGAUUUCACGCAUAGUUUGACGUUAACAAAAUCAGUAGUUGUUGCAUUUCUUACUUUUACUUGCAAAGUCGUAGUGGUAGUCGUGGGUGUAGUUGUACCCAGACCUACAUCAAAUAGAAGUCUAUUUUUAGUCACAUUUUUCUUUCACUUAGCUUCGUUUCCCUAUUAAUUUCUAGUGAGUCUCUGGUUUUUUCCACAAGAGGUGUCGGUUACGUGUAUAGAAGGAGAUCCUAUCAAUCGACGACUACUACACGGUAAAACAUGUUGAUUCGUGAAUAAUGAUCUUUCUCUUAGUCUACAUUCGAUUUUUCUUUGGAGGUUUGCAUAGUCAUCAGUCACAGUCUCACUCACAGCGAGAAUAGCAAUAGCAUAUAGAAAAUGCUGAUAUCAUUCAAUCAUGGAUAAUUUUUUAUAGCAUCAACAUACCAAAAAUACCUCCAUGACCCCGAAGCUGGAAAGCAUAUUAUCCGUUUUGUGUUCCGAGGAUGGAUGUGAUUUUGCCCACGGAGGUCCUCGGACUUCUAUUCUCUGCUUACCAAGUACGUAUGUGAUAUGUUCAUGUUGAUUGUUGAGGUCUGAGUCGUCAUGCAUCAAAUGCUCUUGCCUUCCCAGCCCUCAGGACGCUCACCUCCUCGCAGGUGAGCGCACGCCUAUCCUAUCCUAGGACUGCAGGCUGUGUGCGCCGCUAUUCACGUGUAUCUCACUGUGCACCAUUUUUGCCGUGGAUCUUAUUCAAGGUCGCUGUCAACAUUCCGUAGUGUAGCAAGUUGUAAAACGCUAAUGCGUGUUAAUAUUGGCGCUUUAAAAAGGG